GAGGAAGCAUUUAGGCGGAGAAGAGAAAGUGAGAGUAGACGGGAAGCCAAUAUCUUGAAAACGGAGAAAGCACAAAAAGGCAAAUGCACAGGAUGAAUAACUGAGGUCAGCUGGACUUACAGAUGAAAGAAAAAGGCCAUCAGGUGACAAUCCUGGAUGUUUCUUUUAUGUGGGAACUAGCUGCUGGAACCAAAAGCCGUUUAUAGGAGUAAGGAGUGGCAUCUGGAGAAUCUAGGGCACUUACCAUCCAACCUUCAUUAGUGAGCAACCUGUUCAUAGCAGAAUGGAUCGGUUAACCGCUGUCGUUGUCCGUGGCUUCAAAUGUCCUCUCCUAUGGCAAAGCGUGAGGCGGGGAGCACCAGCCCUGUGGUGCGUCAGAUAGACAAACAGUUUCUGGUCUGCAGCAUCUGUCUGGAUCACUACCACAACCCCAAGGUGCUGCCCUGUCUGCACACCUUCUGUGAAAGUUGUCUUCAGAACUACAUUCCCCCAGAGUCCCUCACACUCUCGUGUCCAGUGUGUCGACAGACGUCCAUUUUGCCGGAGAAAGGGGUUUCUGCUCUACAAAACAACUUCUUCAUCACAAAUCUCAUGGAGGUCCUUCAGAGAGACCCCGAGUGCUCGCGGCCUGAGGCCUGCAGUGUCCUGGAGUCCGUCAACGCUGCGGCGGCAGGGAAGCCCCUCUGCUGCCCCAACCAUGAGGGAAAGCCCAGCAAGAGUGAAGGAGUUUGUCUCCCCCUGCAGGUGAUGGAGUUCUACUGCGAGUCCUGUGAGACAGCCAUGUGUCUGGACUGUACAUCGGGGGAGCACAGGGAGCACGUGACCGUUCCUCUGCGGGACGUCGUGGAACAGCACAAGGCUGCGCUCAAGACACAGCUGGACGCCAUUAUGAGCAGACUCCCUCAGCUAACAUCAUCCAUCGAGCUGGUGAGUGAGAUCUCCCGCCAGCUGAAUGAAAGGAAGAACGAGGCGGUGGCAGAGAUCACCAGUACGUUUGAAGAGCUGGAACGGGCGCUGCAUCAGCGCAAGACGGCCCUCAUCACAGACCUGGAGAACAUCUGCAGCACUAAACAGAAGGUCCUGCAGGCCCAGCUUUCAUCUCUCCUCCAAGGGAAGGACCACAUCCAGAGCAGUUGCAGCUUUACAGAGCAGGCUCUCAGCCAUGGGAGUGCUACUGAGGUGCUGCUAGUUCAGAAGCAGAUGAGUGAGCGGGUCACAGCACUGGCCAGACAUGAUUUCCCAGAUAAACCACAUCAGAACGCACAUCUGGACUGUCAGGUGGAAACUGAAGGUCUCCGGCGCUCCAUCCAGAACCUGGGCGUCCUCCUCACCACCGCCGCUGUGGCUCACACCUCCGUCGCCACGGGAGAGGGCCUCCGCCACGCAGCCACCGGGCAGCACCACACGGUUACUGUGACAACGAAAGACAAAGAUGGAGAGCUGGUGCGGAUGGGCAAUGCUGUUUUAAAAGCAGAGAUAACAUCUGCUGACGGGAGCCGCAUUACUGAGGCAGACGUAGCGGACAAUAAGAAUGGGACAUAUGAGGUGGGCUACACAUUACGAGUGGAGGGAGAGUACUCUUUCUCUCUGUUGCUGUACGGCCAGCCGUUGCGUGGCAGCCCUUUCCGCCUGCGAGCGAUCAAGCCCUCAGAUGUGCCUCAAUCUCCGGAUGACGUGAAGAGGAGGGUGAAGUCUCCCAGCGGCACAGGAGGACACAUACGGCAGAAAGCAGUGCGUCGGCCUUCCAGCAUGUACAGCACCACCAAGAAGAAGGAGAACCCCAUUGAGGACGAGCUCAUCUACAGAGUGGGUUCCCGGGGCAGAGAAAAAGGGGAGUUCACAAAUCUGCAGGGAAUCUCAGCCUCUUGUAACGGUAGAGUUGUGGUUGCCGACAGCAACAACCAGUGCAUACAGAUAUUCUCCAACGACGGCCAGUUCAAGAUGCGCUUUGGGGUCAGAGGUCGGUCUCCGGGACAACUGCAGAGGCCGACAGGCGUCACCGUGGACAUGAACGGUGACAUUGUGGUGGCCGACUAUGACAAUCGAUGGGUCAGCAUCUUCUCGUCUGAUGGCAAAUUUAAGAAUAAGAUUGGUGCAGGCCGGCUCAUGGGUCCUAAGGGUGUCGCCGUGGACAAGAAUGGACACAUCAUCACUGUGGACAACAAGGCAUGCUGUGUCUUUAUCUUUCAAUCCAAUGGGAAGUUGGUGACUAAGUUUGGAGGCAGGGGGACGUCAGACAGACAGUUUGCAGAAAAACUUGGCCCAUACUUUAAUAAAUCUGGCUCAGUGUUCAGUCCGCACUUUGUUGCAGUGAACAACAAGAAUGAAAUCAUCGUAACUGAUUUCCACAAUCACUCUGUGAAGGUGUACAAUGCAGAUGGAGAGUUCUUGUUUAAAUUUGGCUCUCAUGGUGAAGGCAACGGUCAGUUCAAUGCUCCCACUGGAGUGGCCGCGGACGUGAAUGGAAACAUCAUUGUGGCUGACUGGGGCAACAGCAGAAUACAGGUGUUUGACAGUGCAGGCUCCUUCUUGUCUUACAUCAACACCUCAGCAGACCCUCUGUACGGGCCCCAGGGCCUCGCGCUCACCUCAGAUGGACAUGUGGCUGUGGCCGACUCUGGAAACCACUGCUUUAAGGUUUACAGAUAUCUGCAGUAGGCUGAGGGGAGACCUUCAGACCGGACCCCUGCUAAGUUAACAGUGCAUACUGCUCGGGGACAUGGAGCUGCAACGGGCCCAGGUUCCAGAAAUUCAUUACCUUUUCAUUUUGUCUCUGCACACUUAUAUAUAUAUAUAUACCAUCACAUUUCCAAGUUUCAAAGAAAUCUGAGAAAGAUGUUUACGUGAAAAACAACCAAAAACACUAAAACUAAAUAAGCUAAUAAUCCCCAAAAAUGAAAUGAGAAAAAAAAAAAAUGAGUUCCCUUUGUAAAAAAAAUGGCUACCCUGAUGAAAAUAAAGUGUUAAAGGUCACCUAUUAUGCAAAAUCUACUUUUUUAUGUCUUUUAUACAUAAAUAUGUGUCCACUCUGUCUUAAGUGAUUCGGAAAGUUUCAGGAAAAAGAUUCUCUCUUCUGUCCUGAUUUAUGAAAAUGAGCUGAUGAGAUUUUGGCUACUUUGUGAUGUCACAAUGUUUUUUGGGGUUGUGCAAUCAUUGGCCAAUAACAAACCAAGGUAACACCCCCACACCUUAUCACCUGAAUCUUUUCCUAGAGCACCAUUGUGUUCUUUUUAAACAAUCAUCUCUCAGAGGGGCGUGGCCAGCAGCAGCUCAUUAGCAUUUAAAGCUACAGACACCAAAUCAGCACUUUUGGAACAGGGCUGAAACAAGAGAGGUAUUUGGCAUUAUCUGUUUGGUAUUUCGAGCCAAAUACUUCAGACAUGUUUUGUAUAUAUCUGAGACCUAUAAUAUAUUUCACAAAGAGUAUAAUACGGGACCUUUAAUAAAACAUCCCAUUAUCCAUAUUUUUCUAUCUGAUCACGGUCUACUUGAGUGUUUUUGACAGAUUCCACUAGGGAAAAUCAACUGGGAAUGAACCUCUGGAACAAGGCGUUGCAGCGUUAUUUCUCUUUUAUGUGUGACCUCACCAGUAGAUAGUGUGCCAGUCUGAAGUAGGUGAUGCACUGCUAUUUCUUUUGGGCAACCAAGGCGAGACACAGAAGCAGGAGUGCACUUCCUGUUUUCUGAGGACGCUUUGUGUUUCUAGUAACAUGCUCAGGCCUUUCCUUGAACACUGCUGCAUGUCAGUGUGCUCCAAAAUAUGACCCUGUUGUCACUGCCUUCAAUUGUCAUCAGCAAACACAACAGAACACACAAAGACAGUAAUGUGUAUAAAGAGUUGUUUCUUAUUUUUCUCCUGAAUUUAGACUAUUGUUUUCUUUUAUGGCGUAAGAUGAGUUGACUUAUGUGCAGAUGUAUUUUGGUACCCAAAGACGAGCAGCAAGAAGCACAACUGUUGAUAGAACAAGGUUUUUGAACACAAAAAUACUUUUUUUCUUCUAUUAACCAAAACAAACUUCAUACAGUAUACGACACCAAUAGUUCGGUUUCCAUAUCUACAACGUAAUGUAGUUGUACAUACGGUAUGCAUAUUUAAGUGUACAUAUGGAUUGGGUGUCCAUGUUAUUUCACUAUUUAACCAACUUAUUACAGCACUUACACUGGAGCAUUAUACUUACAGUAUAUACAAUUGAAGGUCAUGCCAUGUAGGAGCUAGCUGAAUGGCUUGCAAACACUAAUAGAACAAACUUGUACUCAUUGUUUAAUGUAUGUUUUUUCUUCUAAAUACUUAAUUUAUUUUUCUUUUCUACAUCAUUUGUUCUACAAAUUAUUUUUGUAAUUGGUGCAUUUGAACUGUAUCCUCUUUGCCAAACAUAUUCGUACAUAGGCCUUGUGACAUGUAGCACUGAAAGCUGUUUUCCCAGAGCUCACAUCCUGGACUACAGGAACUUUUCCAUCGGCCAAAACGUUUUGUUGUAAGUUGUUGAACAUUACACAAGUACAAAUAUUAUAAGAGUUAUAUCAUUUGCAAGAGUAAUAUAUGCCUGUGUAUAGUUAUUAAACAAUCAAAAAGUGUACUGUAUAUUACAAUCACAUUCUUGUUGUAGCUGACAAGCACCUUCAUCAUGGAUUUUUCCAGUAUUCACUUUCUUGGUUGUUCAGUGUUUUAAAGGUGUUCUGUGCAUCUCCUUGAGAAACACAAAGCUAAAACCAGAACGUUUUUACCUGUAUUGUAUGAAUAAACUAUUUGAUCUGUAAUUCCAUCUGCAUUUCUCCUUUGGGAAAACUGUUAUUUCUGAUCUUUUUGACUUUCCUUAUUCAUAAAAAUGACCCCUGUGUUCCUAUGGUUUUAUUUGUGUCCUUGUUUGACCUGUAACUGCACAUGUCUGUGUGGAAUAAAGGCAGCACAUACUGUGUAAACAAAACAGCACACAAACCAUAUUGUGUGGCCUUCUCCUGUAUACUGCAAGAGGCCAAUUUUACAAGUAAUCACGUGUAUCAGGGCAAAGGUAUAAUUGUAAAUAUUAAAAUCAUACGCUAUGAAA